AUGGAAUAUUCACUUGUUCAAUUGAAUGAUUUAUCCGAUGAAAUUCUUUUGAUUAUUUUCAAAAAAUUAGAAAAACUCGAUGUACUUUACUCUCUCAUUGGUGUUAAUAAACGACUUAAUAAAAUUGCACACGAUUCUAUGUUUACUAGUAGUUUGACAUUAUUCCAUCAUCUGUUGUAUGAUUAUAUUUAUCGACUAUCUGAUUCAAUGCUUGAUCGAUUUUGUUUCCAAAUCUUACCUGAAAUUCAUCAUAAAAUCAAAUGGCUUGAUAUUGAAGCAUCAUCUAUGAAACGUAUUUUUCUUUCUGCAAUUUAUCCGAAUUUAUUUGGACUUGGUAUAUAUAAUAUUGAAACAGAGAAUGAUAUACAUCUCUUUAAAGAAGAUCAAAUUUAUUUGCCAUCAAAUGAAGAUAUUCAACAUUCAUUCAAACAUUUUUCAGAUAUUCAAAUUAUUUCUUGUGUUAAUUAUUUUUCAGAAGUGAAAAAAGGUCAAUGUCAUGUCUAUUCAUACCCAUUUACAAUACGAAAUUAUCCAAAUAUUGCAAAUAAUUUUCCAGGUGGUUUAUUUACAUGUGUUAGUGAAUCAUUUCCAUUUAUGAAAAAAUUAACUGUUGCUAAUGGACAAUCACAAAAUAAUAAACAAUGUCAAAGAUCAAAAAAUAACAAUCAAAAUUUCUUAAUUAUUCGGUAUCCUCAUCUGAAAUACCUUAUUUUUAAAAAAACUCAUGAUGAUUAUGUUGAACAAUUUCUACUUGAUACCAAAACGUAUUUACCAUAUGGUGUUAUUGUUUUUACUGAUUAUAAAUCUUUAAAAAGAGUAACACACAAAUUUACACGAAAAGCAACACGAAUUAAUUGUGGAAAAGUGACAUAUAUAUGUAUUGAAAGAAUUCGUCAGUUUCCAAAACAUUUCAAAAAUUAUUUUCUUGAUAAAAAGAGCCAUAUAUUAUGA